UUUGCGACAGUGCCGUACAGAGUGAAGUCUCUCCAGAUACCGGCUGAGGGAAACGCAGCAACAAGAGAAAGGAAAACAUUUCAGUCUCGUUUUUUCCAACUUGGAUUCUCACCCAACACCGUGCAUCCCCUCCGGUAGGAACAAUUUGACCGGAAAACUCCAUGCUGAAGCUGGGCUGCGGACGAGAGAAAUCUACUGAACCGAGCUCGCGGUUGUAGCCUAGUUGCCUCCCAAAAGCGACGCUUUAAAAAGGGAAGGAGAAUACACCUAUAGCACAAACUGUGGGGAAAAUGGACUAUGAUUUUAAAGUGAAGCUGACCGGCGAAAGAGAGCGCGUCGAGGACCUGUUUGAGUACGAGGGCUGCAAAGUGGGAAGAGGCACCUACGGUCAUGUUUACAAGGCGAAGAGAAAAGAUGGGAAGGAUGAUAAGGACUACGCCCUCAAGCAGAUUGAAGGCACCGGCAUCUCCAUGUCAGCCUGCAGAGAGAUCGCACUGCUGCGGGAGCUGAAGCAUCCCAACGUCAUCUCCCUGCAGAAGGUGUUCCUGUCACACGCAGACCGAAAAGUCUGGCUGCUCUUUGACUAUGCCGAACAUGACCUCUGGCACAUCAUUAAGUUCCACAGAGCGUCCAAGGCCAACAAGAAGCCCCUGCAGCUGCCCAGAGGAAUGGUGAAGUCUCUGCUCUACCAGAUCCUGGACGGCAUCCAUUACCUGCACGCCAACUGGGUCCUCCACAGAGACCUCAAACCAGCUAACAUUUUAGUGAUGGGAGAAGGGCCAGAGAGGGGCAGAGUAAAGAUUGCGGACAUGGGGUUUGCCCGCCUCUUCAAUUCACCGCUGAAGCCUUUAGCCGAUCUGGACCCUGUGGUGGUCACCUUCUGGUACCGAGCACCUGAACUGCUGCUGGGGGCUCGGCACUACACCAAAGCCAUCGAUAUCUGGGCGAUUGGCUGCAUCUUUGCAGAGCUGCUGACGUCUGAGCCCAUAUUCCACUGUCGCCAGGAGGACAUCAAGACCAGUAACCCCUACCAUCACGACCAACUCGACCGCAUCUUCAACGUCAUGGGCUUCCCUGCAGAUAAAGACUGGGAGGACAUCAAAAAGAUGCCAGAACACUCCACGCUGAUGAAAGACUUUAGGAGGAACACAUACACAAACUGCAGCCUUACAAAGUACAUGGAAAAACAUAAAGUGAAACCAGACAGCAAAGCAUUCCACUUGCUGCAGAAGCUGCUCACCAUGGACCCCAUCCGCAGAAUCACAUCAGAGCAGGCCAUGCAGGACCCCUACUUUUUAGAGGAGCCCCUGCCGACUUCAGAUGUGUUUGCAGGCUGCCAGAUUCCCUACCCCAAGAGGGAGUUCCUGACGGAGGAGGAGCCGGAGGACAAAGCAGAGAAAGUAAGAAAUAAAAACCAGCAGCAGCAACAGGGGAACAACCACACAAAUGGGGCGGGGCACACCGGUAACCAAGACAACAGCCACACCCAGGGCCCGCCUCUGAAGAAAGUGCGAGUCGUCCCCCCCACCACUACCUCAGGUGGCCUCAUCAUGAACUCAGACUACCAGCGCUCCAAUCCACACGCUGCCUACCAGAACCCUGGACCAAGCACAUCACUGCCCCAAAGCAGCAUGGGAUACUCCUCGACCUCCCAGCAGCCGCCGCAGUACUCCCACCAGACCCACCGCUACUGAGACACCCCUCCCACACACACACAUAUACAAUCAUACACAUAUAUACGCAUACACAGCCCUCACCCUGCCCAUCUGAAAGAAUGUACUGAGGGAUGUGGUGGGGAUGUCCAAGGCAACAAACCCCCCCCCAACCUACAGAGGGCACUUUCUCUGCAGCAGGCUGUUAGGUCAGCACUUCUUCAAGAUAACACACACAUUUCCCCGGUGUUAGAACACGACUUUUAGAGCAACACCUGCAGGGUGAAACACAAGGAGGAGGAGCGGACACUUUGGUGGAGUCCAACCUGUUUCUGUUUUCUUAAUCAGACCAGCCGAGAGAAGAUGGCUUGGAUUUUUUUUGGGGGGGGGGGGGGGGAACGUUUCGUCUGCUGUGUCAUCUCCUCCCCUCUUCUUCUUCACCUGUCUCCACACCCCCACCUUCCCCAGCCAUUGACCUUCUUCCCGUUGAAGCUUGGAUGAGACUGAGAGCUGCUAUGUGACUGCCAGCGGUGACAGAUUUCCUGUUCGACUGUCCUCCCGUCUGUCCUCCUGUCUGUCCUCCCGUCUGUCCUCCCGUCUGUCCUCCCGUCUGUCCUCCCGUCUGUCCUCCCGUCUGUCUUCCCGUCUGUCCUCCCGUCUGUCCUCCCGUCUGUCCUCCCGUCUGUCCCCCCGUCUGUCCCCCCGUCUGUCCUCCCGUCUGUCCUCCCGUCUGUCCUCCCGUCUGUCCUCCCGUCUGUCCUCCCGUCUGUCCUCCCGUCUAUCCUCCUGUCUAUCUGUUUUAUUUUGUGUGUGAGGGCUCAGCUGAGGACUGAACUGAGCUGCUGUGAUGCAUUCUGGGAGGAUGUGGAGCCCCCACAGCUGUGACGCGGAUGGUUUUUGUUCAGAAGGACAACAAAAAAAAGAUGACAAAAAAAUAUUUUAGUAGUUAAUUUAAUCAGUUUUCAUGGUUUUGUUUUUAACGGCGAGUGUGUCUGAGCGCUCAGCUGCGGUACGCUGUGGGCUAGACGUACUACAUGAUGACAAAACCAACCAAUCGCAUGGAGGAUGGCAGGCGGAACAUGCAUUACUGUAUUGAAAUUUUACAUGAAGCAAGUAUCCUGACAAUAAAAGUGGAAACAUUGA